AUGUCCUUAUUUAAUAUUAAUUGUCGACCCAACCCCGCCCUCCUUUUGCAAGCAGGUCGAUUUCUUCAAAACAGUGAGCGUUCCACGCCAACUAUUCCAGAGGAGGACGAAGAGGAGUACGACACAGCUGCCCAUCGACAACUUCAGGCACAGGGCUACCAGUUCCAGGAGGCACAAGUAAACAUGUCAACCACGCAGGAGUUGGACCAGCUCCUCGAUGAACUGCGGAUGACCAGCAUGAAUAUCAGUCCCAGUGGUCGUCCUCCCGCCCCCCAUCCCUCCUACGGGCACAGCUCACGCAGCAGCUUCAACAACAGCCAACUGAACAGCACCGCAUCUCGAUAC